AUGCCCGUUGAAUUGGGACUCUACUAUAUACAUGUUAGCCCACUCACCAGAGAAGUAAACCGUCUGCAGUACAUGACAGUUAAACCAGACCUCACGUUGGAGGGUCUCACAGUCGCCAUUGAGGAUUUGCAGCGGCCUCAAGUCGACUCACUUCGUAUUAGGAUUUGGAAAGUGAACGAUCCCUUCAGCCAUGAAGAAACACUGGAGGACAGACUGGAAAAAAGUGACUAUAUGCUCGAGCAGGUUGCGACUCGGGUCAGAAAUCCGGCUCAGCAAAUACAUAGUCUUUUACCCAGCACAGCCCUAGCGACAAGGACCCUAGGAAAAGUUAAAAGUCUGAGGAAACAGCCACAACUUCCACCGCCUGAGUGUUACUUUUUCUAUACCAUUGAUCAUAAGAAGAAAGUGUUUCAACCCCCAGCUGUUGCAGCUGUGCAAAAGUGCCGAUCUAUUCGUGGUACUUCAACUAACAAUGCGCAUACCCGGAAAGUGGACGAAGCAUGA